AUGGCUGUCACCUCAGGAGUCUUUUCAGCGCUCUGUCUGGCCUCGCUAGCCGGUACGGUACUGCUACUACAACGCUUUUUCUUACCACUACGCUCAACCCCGGAAUACUUGCUUGUUUCUACCUUUCUACCGCUGUUUAUCUCGUCAUCUAUCGUGGUACUGGUGCCUAUCGAUCUUGCCUCUUCAUCCGCUGGCGAUUCGGGAUCACGAGGUAUUGUGCUUCCCGAAGGGUUGCUUCUUGUAGCAUGGCGAGUAUCGUACUGGCUCUGCUUCGUGCUCACAUGGGCCGUCCUUCCUAUUCUCCAGUCCUACAGUAACUCCGGCCACCGUUCCCCGCGUAACCGUUUCAUCGAAGCCCUUCGCGAAAAUGCAAGAUACCAGCUUAUGAUGCUUGCUAUCGGAGGUGUCGGCCUCAUCUAUGUCUUCAUAACAUCUGGGAUUCAUAUCGAGUCCCUCAAAGGUCUCGUAAUGGCCCUGUCUUACUGUUAUGCUCUCGCCAUCGCUAUCUUCCUUAUGGGUCAUGGCCUCGUCGCAAUCCCACGGAAUCUCAUGCGGAAUGCAAGUAUCCCAGGAAAGCUAAAGAGCUUACAGACUGCAGCACCUAGAGCAUAUGAUAAGCUUUUAGAUGCGACCAAUAAUCUUGAGGAUAUUGAACAGGAGGUUUUGGCAGUGCGUAAAAGAAAGAAUGGGUCUGCCCUGGAGUUUCAACAAUGGAUUGAGGAACUGGGUGAUAUCGCGCAGCUUCCAGAGUCUUCGUUACCACCCCCAGGGGGAAGCAACAUUGUUGGGGGAAGGAGGGGUGGAGCUCCCCCGGUGAUCACAGAGCAAUAUCUAGCAGGCCUAACCCAACGCUUGAAAGUUGCCAUACACAAGCGGCAACGCUUCAACGCUGAAUGGCAAGCUCUUGUCCAGUCUGCCUCUGACUGCCAGGAGAUGCUCGACUCCGCACGAACCAAGCGCUUGGCCUUCACGAAACACUUCGCAUCUCCGACAGUGUUUGACAAAAUCUCCAUACUCAAUCCUUACACAAGACACAUCUUCCACUACCACAUUCUGCCGCAGGUCCGCCGCAUCCUCUCGGUUUUUCUUUCGCUUGCCUCAGCCUGUAUAAUCUGGUCUGAGAUUACCCAUGCCACAGCCCCAAGACUCUCAGUAAUCAAUUAUACCGUAGUUCAUCACCCUGAAUCUCCUCACGGAAAGGUUGGCUUUGCUGGACAAUGUAUCGCCGCAGCAUGGAUCGCUUAUAUGUGUGCAUGCGCAUACUCCUCCCUUACUACGGUUAAGGUAUGGGGAAACUAUGCACUUGUUAAGCGAAUGACAUCAGGCUCAUCUGCGUGUUUCUAUGCCUCCUACGCCGCCCGGCUCACCGUACCGUUAGCUUAUAAUUUUACGGGAUUACUGCUCCCAGCCGUAGCAAAGGACACUGUCUUUUUUGGCUUUUUGGGAAAGCUCAUUACUCUCACACCACUUGGAGAGGGAUUCGAUGGUUUUUUCCCGGUGCUGAUUCUACUGCCAGUUGCAGCCACAGGAUUCAAUGUGUACGGUUGGAUCAAGACCACAUUUGGCCUCGGAGAUGUCUUGGCGGACGACGAAGAUGAUGAGGAUGGGCUUGGAGGGUGGAGGGAAGGGCGAGAUUUGAUAGAUCGGGAGCUCCAGGGUGAGGUUGGGAGGGGCGGGACAAUCGCACGGGCAGCUGCCGCCAGCAGACUGGGCGGCAGAGCAGGAGGGUCAAGUUCAGGCCUUGGACCAGAAGCUCAGCGCACAGGCCGAACAGGCCCCAUUAGGUUGAGAGAUGAUGAUGGGGAUAACUUGGAUACUGUACCCGAAGAAGGAUUUUUCGGGGGUUUUAUGCAUAGAGUUAAGAACACUGUCGAGACGCUGGAUGCACCACAGUGGAUGAAGGACUUUGAUGGCGUUAAGAAGCCGAAGUGGCUCGGCGGCAAUGCAGGGAGUAGUAGGGGUGGUUAUGGUAGUGCUAUCAGAGGAAGGGGUGGCGCGAGUAGACCAAGGUGGAGUGCGGGUGGUUGGGACGACGAGAGCGAUGGGUUGUUAGGUGGGGAAUAA